UGGACCGCAAGAUGGUAACCCACAUGGCAGCUAGUCCUGCCCUGCCAAGAACCACAGGGCCGAGUGAGGAUGCAGGAGUUGACUCCUUGGUGGAAAAGUCUCAGAAAGCCACUGCUCCAAACAAGCCACCUGCAUUAUCAAACACAGAGAAGAGGAAUCAUUCCGCCUUUUGGGGACCAGAGAGUCAAAUCAUUCCUGUGAUGCCAGAUAGUAGUUCCUCAGGGAAGGACAGAAAAGAGGAAAAUUACAUUUUUGAGUCAAAGGGCGAUGGAGGAGGCGGGGAACACCCAGCCCCAGAAGCAGGUGCGGUGCUACCCCUGGCGCUGGGUUUGGCUAUCACUGCCCUGCUGCUUCUCAUGGUUGCGUGCCGACUACGACUGGUGAAACAGAAACUGAAAAAAGCUCGUCCCAUUACAUCUGAGGAAUCGGACUACCUCAUAAAUGGGAUGUAUCUAUAGGAAUGUAAUUUAAAUAGCUUGGGGCAAGGACAUGUUUUGUUUAUAAUUUAUACAUCUAUUAAGUUCUGGAUAUUUACAGCUUCUUUCGUUUUUAAUUGGGCCAGAAGAUUCUGCAAAUCCCAAUCUUUGUCUUUAUUGUAAAAAAAAGUUCCUUAGGAAGUUGUAACAUAUUUUGCAAUUUAGAGAGGAAUUCAUGAUUAAAGAUUUCUAAAAAUAUAAUUCUGAUUUCUGUAAGCUGUCCCUGAAAAUAGAAAUUUGUACUUAGCUGAGAGAAAAUUCAGCAUUUCAGGAGGUGGUAUUAGGAUAACUGUGUUAACCCCUUACUUUUUAGAAGCCAACUGUUGGCCCCUUACCAUGCUGGACUGCUAUAGGCCCAGCUUCCUCUUGUUCUGUGGCCCUUUUCUUCCUGUUUGAAGCUCCCAAUGUUCUUUUUCUUUUCCCCUCUAAACCUGUUUCUGAGAGUGGAUCUCAAGUGAGUUCAUGCCUUCAAUCAGAUGUUACUUAUGGCGGGUAUACCUAAAUUAUAAACCUUAUGUACAGGUCAGUGAGCCUCGGGAAGAUGAGUGUGGGUCCUUCCCAGUCCUCUGACAUCAUGUCAUAUAGGUGGCUGCCUCCUUAGACUGACCUUCGGGAGAAAAAAACCCAGACUUUGAAUUAGAAAAGCUCUAAGAUGGUCAUGCAGUGAGAUAGGAAAUCAAGAUGAAAACAGAGAAUCUGCCAUGCCAAAAACGAACAGAAACUUAGUUGAGGGCAAAGAGAGCAAGGAGAACGUUUAAUACUUCGCUACAUCAAGUCAACACUGCUCCAUGGUGAGAUCACAGCAACUCAUUUAUAUAUGUAUAGCCUUUGUUGAUGAAAGAGAAAAAUGCCAAUUGAAGAGAGGACAUUGAGUGGAUUCCUGGGUACAGCUUUUGUAAAAAUAUCAUCAUGGCUUUCAUCCAGUGGAGUGAAUUGAUUUUUUUUAAUGUUAUAAAAUGUUAGAAUGUGCCAUCAGCUAAUGCCAGGCUUACGUAUUUCUAGGGCAUAAAACAGUUUUUCACAAAUUCAUCUUUAUAGAAAAUCAGCAUCUAGCUUAGCAUCUUUCCCCUUUUAAUUUGUAGGCUUUUAAAGGCAAAUUAUUCCCACCAUCACUUAACGCCGGGAUUAUACACAUUCUAGAAAUGAUUCUGAGAGGAAUGUAUAGUAUGGUGCCUAUCUACACUCACAUGAUGUUCUUAUUUACAUAUGUUUUAACCAUAAGUGGCAAAUAUUUAAAAAUAUUUGAAAAACACUCCAGAAUCUAGUACACUUUAUUUUUAGACUGACCCUGAAGUAGGUUCUUUUAACAAAGGGUUUAAUUUGGGUGGGGAAUAUAACAUAUCAAAAUACAUGAACAAAUGGAAAGUUACUUCUAGAAAAGCAAAGAAAUUGGGUAUCAUUUUUGUUUCUUGGGAAGCUAGUUUUGUUGAAUGUUUAGAAUUGAGCAAAGAUUGAAAUUUUUCAAGGGCAGUUUAGAAAAAUUAACUUUGUGAAUGAACUUAAGAUGUCUGUACUCUAUAUGUGAUGCUGUGCAGUUUGUUUUUGUAUGGAAAGAUGUCACCUAUAGCCAUAACCAAUAAAAUAAAAACUGAUGAGGCAUGCAGCUUUCAGCACAUCUUUUAUACAUGAAUUAAUUUUGUGUUGCUAUGGUGUUGAAAUAUCUGAGAAAAGAUGUUCUGUAUCUAUGUAAACAUGAUUCCUUUAAUAAAUUGUAUUUUAUUAUUAA